AAAAAAGAAAAAAAGGAGAGAGAAAAAGAAGAUUGGAAAAAAGAAGGAUUAAAAUUGAAUGCCCAAAAAUGAAAUUUCCCCAAAUCUGAAUGGGAACAUUUGCCCUAACCCAUUUCCCAUUAAUCGGAUCCUCCACUUACGACGGUUCUCGGAUCCUCCGAUCAUCGUUUAUCUUCGCCGUUGGUUGAAACACCCUGGGGAAGAUGGAUUGCGGCGUGGGAUCCAUCGUUUGGGUGCGACGGAGGAACGGGUCGUGGUGGCCGGGUCAAAUACUCGGCCCCGACGACCUCUCCGCUUCUCAUCUCACCUCUCCUCGAUCAGGAACUCCCGUCAAGCUUCUCGGCAGGGAAGACGCCAGCGUGGAUUGGUACAAUUUGGAGAAAUCCAAGCGUGUCAAGGCAUUUAGAUGUGGCGAGUUUGAUGAUUGUAUUGAAAGGGCUGAAUCCUCCCAGGGGAUGCCGUUGAAAAAACGAGAGAAAUAUGCUCGCCGAGAGGAUGCCAUUCUUCAUGCUCUUGAACUGGAGAGACAAAUGUUGAAGAAGCAAGGGAAAUCAGGUAUUACUUCUGAUCAAAUCAAUUGUAGAUCGUCAAAUACUGUUAGAAAGGGCAUAGGUACGUUGCCGUCGGAGAUACUGGGAAAUGAUAAUGAAAAACAUGCAAAUUCAAAGUCAUUUAUGGCUUGUGAAAAUGAGACUACUGGAGGUUCUUUUCCUUUGGAGGUAGCCAAGGAUGGCAGUCAACUGAGUGGGGAAGUAGAUUAUUCUGAAACAAUACCUCGGAUGAGAGACCUACAGGAUUUUGGACUCAAAAUUGCCCCCUUGAAAAGGAAGCUUUCAUCUUCUUUUGAUCCAAACAUUUCUCAGAAACUUGCUGUUGAUGAUGGUGCUCGGGCUCUUGCAAGUGGUGAUCUUUGCAUGGGGACUACACUUCACAUGAAUGGAGCUGGGCAAGUAGGGGGAGCUUGCCGGGCAAAGAGGAGCAGAUGCAUGUAUUUUCCAGUCGAGUCUAGUGAUUCUCUUGAUUAUAAAGAGACUCUAGCCCAUGUUGAGAUGUCAUCUUCCCAACUCAGAAGGGAGUUUCCUUAUCAUGGUUCUUUGUUUGGAGAGACUGAAUCUGCUUUUAUGGAUGAUGUUGGAUCUGAUUCUUCAGAAACAGCUUCUACUGAGUCUGAUUCAGAUUCUUCUGAGACAGAACCAGACAUGGAUGAAGAGAUGACUAUCUUUUCAGAAACUGGUCGUGGUGCUGAAGAACACGAAAGCACUAGCAGUGAGGAUCCAGAUGAAUUAGCGAUUUCUGGUGAUAUGCCUCACCUCUAUCCUCGUGACCAAAUUACAUGUAAUGAAGCUGUGUCUAAAUGGAAACUAAAAGGAAAAAGGAAUAAUCGUAAUCUUGUAAAGAGGUCUGUUGGUGCUUCUGAUAGAAAAUGUAUUAUGUAUGGAGCAGAAGGUGAUGCUGAAGGAAGAAGUUAUUUGAACCACAAAAGAAUGGGUCCAAGUUUCAAUUGCUACAAAAAUGAUUUUAAUGAUGCUCUUGAUGAUGAUGAUGAUGAAAUGUUUGGAUUGGAAGAUGAAUACUCUCUAGCUUCUAGAGCUAUAUCAAGAAGUCAAAAUAAAAUUCAUCGUGGUGUUUCUUGGAAUGAUUGGGCCUGGGAUGAUCAUCUUGCUUCUAAAGGAUAUUGGGAUAUUAAAGGAUAUUCUCCAAAAUAUGGUGAUCGUCAUCAUUUUGGUGGGAAGAUGAGGUCGAUGCUAGUUAAUGUAGAUUUGAAGGUGCAAGCAAGCUAUCGGAAAGAGCCUGUACCCAUUGUUUCUCUCAUGAGUAAGUUAGAUGGGAGGGCAAUAAUAGGGCACCCGAUCCAAGUUGAAGCUCUCAAAGAUGGUUCAUCUGAUGUUCUAUUUCCUGCAAUGGAUGACUUCAGUAAUGAUGGGAUUGGUAUUGAGGGAAGUAGUGUGCUUACACCAGCAUGGAGUACUGCAAGGAGAACAGCAAACUUUCGCGUCCCACGAUCCCAUGUAUCAUCAUCAAAUGGUGCUGAAGUUGCUGCAGAGUUUCCUUCCUCAGAUCAAGAACAAAACUUUGAAUACAAAAAAUUAAAUGCCGGAAGUUCCAGUCACAAGGCUAGCUUUCAAAAGAAGAGUGCCCUUAAAAGUCAUCGGUCUUCAGCUGACAAAAAGUCCUUAAAAAAGAUGCCAAAGAAAUUGAGUUUGUCAUCUAGCCAGAAAACUAGAACUCUCUCCUCAUUAUCUACUGAACAUAAUCUUAGUAGAAAGACAUUAUUACAUGAUAGCGGUAGUUAUCAAACAGAGAGAUUGAUUAAACCAGCAAUAUCUGGGCCCCCUACAGUAGCUUGCAUACCAGUCCAGUUAGUAUUUAGUAGAUUACUUGAGAAGAUUAAUAGGCCUCCAUUGAAAGCAGCUAAUAAUGCGGCUUUGCUGAAUACUGGUGUGGAGAGAAAUUCAUAGGUUACAUGUACAUUAUUACAUGGGAACAAUAAUCUUACAGUGGUAGCACAAUUUAUUAGGGAUAUCUUGUUUCAAACCUAGGGAAGUCCUAUUCAAUUAAUUGUCAGCAUUGUGAGGAUUAAUAUGCAGUAUAGUUCCCUAUUCAUCAUGUAUCUAGUCAAGAUAAAUAACAAGGUACAUGAAAUUAU